AUGGCUCACGAGACAGCAAAUAGCUUCAAGCUCGCUGCUGACGACGACCCUCUCAGAAAGUUCCGCGAUGAUUUCGUCAUCCCAACCAACAAAACCAUGAAGGCGACCCGUGUUUCGGAAGCACUCCUGGAUCAAACGUGCACGUACCUGUGCGGAAACUCGCUUGGUGCUAUGCCGAAGCGGUCGCGUCAGCUUGUGCAAGAAGAACUGGACGUCUGGGGAACUCGCGGUGUGGAAGGACAUUUCGACCAUCCCCAUGACCGUAGCUGGAUGUACAUUGCGGACACCGUGCAUCCCAUUCUUGCAGAACUCGUCGGCGCAAACGAGUCUGAGAUCGCGUGCAUGGGCACUCUGACAGCCAACCUCCAUCUUAUGGUCAACACAUUCUACAAGCCAACUACAGCACGGUACAAGAUCCUCUGCGAGACCAAGGCUUUCCCGUCAGACCAGUACGCCUUUGCAUCCCAGGUGAUGCGGCAUGGCCUUGACCCGUAUGACGCGAUCAUCGAGCUUGCACCCCGACUGGGAGAAUUCACCCUGCGCGAAGAAGACAUGCUCGAGGUCAUUGCAAAGCAGGGUGAGACCAUAGCUCUCGUUCUCUUCAGCGGCGUGCAAUACUAUACUGGUCAGUGGUUCCCGAUGCAAAACGUCACGAAAGCGGCCAAGGCCCAGGGCUGCGUCUGUGGAUGGGACCUUGCGCACGCAGUGGGUAACGUCCCCAUGUCGCUACACGACUGGGGUGUAGACUUUGCGGUUUGGUGCACCUACAAAUAUCUCAACUCUGGGCCAGGCGGCAUCGGUGGGCUGUUCGUCCACGACCACUGGGCAGGUCGGCCUACGCAGUUCGCGGGCUGGUGGGGCCACGACCCCGCGACGCGCUUCGCGAUGCCCUCGCAGUUCGCCGCGAUCCCGGGCGCACAGGGCUUCCAGCAGUCGAACCCGUCCGUGCUCGCGACGGUCGCGCUCCUCGGCUCGCUGCAGCUCUUCCACGCCGCCGGCGGGAUGGCGCCGCUGCGCGAGCGCUCGCUCCGCCUCACGGGCCACCUCGAGCGGCUCCUGCGCCUGAGCGCGUUCUGGAUCGCGCCCGACGUCGCCGGCGGGCUCGAGGAGCGCGAGGCGCGCGACGUUUUCGGCUUCACGGUCAUCACCCCGGUGGACCCCGCACAGCGUGGCUCGCAGCUCUCGCUGACGUUCUUCCCCAUUGGUGGCAAAAUGAUGCCCAAGGUCAUGGAUGCUCUCGCCCAGCGCGGCGUCGUGGGCGACUCGAGGAAGCCGGACGUGAUUCGACUUGCGCCCUGUGCGCUAUAUAACACGUUUGAGGAUGUUGAGCGUGCGGUGGAGGUGCUAGAGGAAGUGUUGAGUGAGCUGAAGAUAGAGGAGGAUGGCGCAGGUGAAGCAUGA